AUAGAUUCAAAGCAAACGCAACUCCUAUCAAAUCGCUUAAAAACGCCGAUUUUCGCGUUACAGUAACAACUCGAAAAAUGGUGACACUGAUCGUAGCCACCACCUCCGAUCCAGCGUCGAUCAAUCCUGCAGCGGCGCUUCUCGCCAUGCCCGGUUGGAUCGCCGGACCUAUCUUACCGCCGGACAUAAAGAGUUUCAGUAACAAGCAAACGAGAGUGAUUCAACACGAUAGAUCUAUAGUUAAAGAAGACGAUCUUGAUUUACGUUGGGAAGAAGCUACCGGUGAAGUUAUUGAUGAAGUCAUCUUCCUCAGCCGUCACACCGCCGUCUCAAAUCGUCCUGCUUUAACUGUUCAUCCGAUUGGAGUGCUUCAUCUAAAGGAUGGAGAAUCACCGCCGCAAGGAGGAAAGCCAGGAUGGGCGGCGUUGCCAAACCCUAGAAUUGGUCCAUGGUUUCGUCUUUUGAAGAAAAUGGCUGAAGCUCAUGGUUUAGUUCCUGAGUUUGAGAUAACAUUGGAAGCUACUCAUCAUGGACCAAUAACUAACAAGCCAACGAUGUUUUUGGAGAUUGGUAGUACAGAGGAAUACUGGAAGAGAGAUGAUGCGGCUCAAGUCAUGGCUCUUUUAAUGUGGGAAGGACUUGGGCUAGGAGGCGGUGAAGCCGUGGGGAACUGGAACAGUGAAACUGGAAAGAGGAAAGUUCUCUUAGGGAUUGGAGGUGGACACUAUGCUCCUCGUCACAUGGAUAUAGUUUUGAAAGACGAUAUUUGGGUAGGCCAUUUACUUUCUGGAUACUCAUUACCGAUGGAAGAUCCAACUCAAACCAAAACAACGCCUGUAGAUAAUUACAUUGGUGGAAAUUGGAGACAGUCUAUUAAGGCAGCAUUUGAAGCUACUAAAGCAGCAUUCCCAGGAGGCGAAAUAUUGGCUCAUCUUGACCACAAGAGCUUCAAAGGAUGGCAAAAGAAGGCCAUUACAGAGUUUUUGGCUGAAGAGAGUAUCAAUGUUGGGAAGCCAAACGAUUUCACAUAAACUGUGAGACCCUAAAACAUGUUUAUGGAUUCAGAAUCUAUCAUUUGAUGAUGGGUUUAGAUUAUUUUCAACUAUUACAACUAAGUUGAGAUUGGAAUUCAUCUGUAAAAGUUUCACUUUCAGAUUUAGAUAGAAGAAGAAUAAAACAUGAAAAGACAA